GGUUUAAUGCUUUGCUCGACGUGUAAAGCAGACAGAUCAAUAAGGCAUUAGAGUUAAAGAGAAAAUUUAACUUGGAAAUUCAACUUUUACCACUCCAUCCUCGAGGUUCUCUCAUAUUCAUUUCGACCUCAUGGGGCUCCUUACCCUGUCUUCUGAUUACAGAUCUUGCAUCAACGUCAUCGACAAAUUCACGCGAUGGCCUGAGGUAUUUCCACCCAAGAGACAUCACUGCUAAAUCCUGUGCAUCUGCCCUGGUAUUUAGCUGGUAUUGCCAGAUUCGGAUGUCCACUGCGCUUAACCAAAGACCGUGGUCGUUAGUUCGACAGCCAGUUCUUCAAGCCUCUGACCACGAUGUCGACCCUGUCCGUAGCUCGCUUGAACCACGAAGGCCGGUAUAGAGUGGUAAGGGACUGUCGUUACUCCAUCGACAGUAAGGAGUAAGGGGAACAACGUGUCGGUCGACAGACUCAAGCCGGCAUAAUGUCAUGUGUGAAAUAACGCCGCAAUCGCCCGAGAGAGAUAACAGCGAUGCAGACAAAGAGAAGCGGACGAGAAGUGAAGGACUAGUGAGGUUCCCCGCUAAGUAUCGACCGUAGUCACGGUUUGGCCAGGAGGAACAUGUAGCGGCGAAUACAAUCUGUAUCUUACGCGUCUAAGUCCGCGAGCCUGCGCGAUACGCCACCACCGCUGCUUAGCAACGAAUAUGUAACAUACACUUUACAUAUCAAAAAUCUCACACUAUAUUUGAUUAGUUGACUAGAAAUUGUUGAAUAGGUAUAAAUUGAAGUAUAAUUCAAUUUUCAGAAUUGGGUGUGCAGUUACUACGCCGCUAGAAUGGGACGGAAGACCCGCAGCACCAUGUGCGAACAGAACGAAGGAUUGGCGCAGGAGUCUGCAGUUGAAUGCGCGGUCGAACUUGCUGUAAACAAGGACUUAUUCGAAGCUAUCGGGCAGGGCGACGUGUCGGCUGUCAAGCUUUUGCUGAGCCAGGGCGCCUCGCUCACACACCGGGAGCCGAUUGGCGAGGCCAACGAAGCAAAUGCCUUGACGUACGCCAUUGCGAUGCUUGUCAACGUGUCGCCACCGCAAGUAAAAGCGCUCGAAGUUACCAAAGAAGUGAUAGCAGCGGCUGCCAGAGCCGAGAACAAGAGAGAUAUCUUAGAUGACCGAGACAGUGAUGCCGACACCGCGCUGUGCUGGGCCCUCAAAGGCCCUGUGCUGGAAAUCAUCCAGGCUCUCGUGAAAGCUGGCGCAAGUCUCGAGAAUAUCAACGGGCAAGCGCAUUCAGCCCUGCAUGUGGCUUCAGCUUCAUCAUUCCCUGACAAUCUAAAGUUUUUCCUAGACAACAUGACACAACUUAAUAUUCAAAAUACAGCCGCUGGUAAUAAAGCUUCUUUCCCAAUACAUAUGGCUGCAGCAGAGGGCCAGUUGGAAUGUAUAAAGCUGCUUUUAGAAAAACUCGGCGCUGAGCAGCUGGCAUGGCGUGAUAGCAUGUAUAAUACAGCGUUACAUAGUAUUGCAUAUUGUAAUUCCAUUAAAAAAGCACAGUAUUUGCUGCAAAAUUAUAAAUAUUAUAUACCGAUUAAUUCAGUAAAUAAAGUUGGAGAGACUCCGUUAUUCAUAGCCGCCCGCCACAAGUACGCAGAAUUGGCCACAUUAUUUCUGCAGAAUGGUGCCAGCAUGUCAGUGGAGGGAGAGGCAAAAACGGCUGUGAAACAGUUGGCUAGCAACUUCUCUGAUCCUUUACUAUUUUUUGAGAACAUAUUUAAUAGAUGUAUCCAAGAGAAUUGGGACAAGUUAUUUAUUGACUACGCUGUGUUGGUUGAGCGCAAAGGACGGAGCCAAAUUAAAGUUAUCGAGCAAUUACAGAGAUGGGGUGGACCUUUAUUACUGAAACAUCCCUUAAUCGAAAGUCUCAUCUACAUGAAGUGGAAAUGUUUGCUACCACUGUUCUAUGUAACUACAGCUACAUAUGCGAUGUUUCUAAUGGCGUUCAACGUGUUUGUGAUCGUAACAUUUAAUAAAAUAGAUUCAAGCAACAAAACGGCGUGUUCGGACUUGCUACCUGAGGUACCAUGUGUUGAGGGCUGCGGUUGGCUACACUGGAUGUUGGUGGCAUUCGUGUACAUCGGUAUUGGUGUAUUGUUUAUCCAGGAAUGUGUGUGGAUUUCUUUACGUUCGUGGCGCUACUUUGACCUGGUGGAGGCGUGGAUGCGGCUGACUGUGCUGAUCUUGGCGGCAUCGAUACCACCGGCGGUGGGGUGCAUUGCGGAGCCUGACUCCCUGACCUUGCCGCGUCAUGUGACCUGCCUCGUGCUGCUGCUCGCGUGGCUGGAGGCCCCGCGUCUGAUGUCGCGAUUCUCCGGCUGGGGAUACUAUGCUUUUGAAAGAGCUGCUAUCAACUUAUCGAAGAUCCUCUUGAUGGCCAUAUGUUUCGUGUCUGCUUUCGCCACGUGCUUUAUGAUUUAUUACCAGUCGAAACCUCCCUUCAACAGUCCUUACGCGGCGUUCUUGAAGACAUUGGUCAUGAUGACUUCAGAAUUCGAUUACCAAGACUUGUUUAAUGAGAACCGCACAGAGCUAGCAGGCGCAAGGGUAGCCGUGCACCUGUUGUUUGUGUUGUUUGUGAUCUUCAUCGCCAUCGCAUUGAUGACUUUUAUGACGGGUGUCGCCGUCAGCGACGUCAAAGAACUGUACGACACGGCUGACAUCAGGAGACUGAAGAAGCAGGUACAAAUACUCAGCACUGUCGAAUGCUUGGGCGACACAUUGCUUGGCAAACGAUGGAAAAGACUGUCUCGACUAAGAGUUCACGAUCCCAUGUACAGCCAAUUCAAGGUCCCAGGACGUCAAUGGAAGACCCAUCGUGUAUUUUCGACAAAUGAAGAAGACGACAUUGUUGUUAAUUUCACAUCAGAACUACACAAUGCUAUAUACGAUGUUGCAAUGAAAAACAAGAUUCAGUUUAAUGACGGUGUAAGAAUAAAAAAUAAUGUGAAACAGUAUCACGUUAAUGAUAUGAAAGACUUUAAGUUAUCAGACUAUUGUGAUACAGAGAUGAUAGAUAAACAUAAAGAAACAAAGAUUGUCGAUGAAUUAAAUAUGGUGAUCGACAGAAUUAUGCUAAUAGAGAAUACAAAUAAAGAAAUCAAACAAUCUAUCGACGAUUUCAAAAAUGACAUCGGUACGAUGACGGAAAUACUAGUAACUUUGGUCAGUGCUAUUUCUGAGAAUAAGACCAGAGUGUCAAUGUCAUGGUAAAUAUAUAGUAUAUUUUUUCCUAGUUAGUAUUUUUUAAAUAAUUAACAUAUAAUCUGUACUAAGUAGAUAUUUUUACGGUACGAUAUUGUACAUAAUUGGUACACACUAUUAAUACAUUUUCGUACGCACAAGCAAGGCACAUAAUAUAAAAGCGGCCAAGUGCGAGUCGGACUCGCGCAUGAAGGGUUCCGUACCAUUUAAGACGUAUUAAAAAAAAAAAUCUACUUGCUAGAUCUUGUUCAACAUUUUACCACUUUGGACACACAUUUUACCACUUUGGGACUGUCUCUCGCGCAAACUAUUCAGUUUAGAAAAAAAUGAUGUUAGAAACCUAAAUAUCAUUUUUGAAGACCUAUCCAUAGAUACCCCACACGUAUGGGUUUGAUGAAAAAAUGUUUUUUUUAAUUUAUUGACGUAUUAAAAAAAAACUAUUCACUAGAUCUCGUUCAAACCAAUUUUCGGUGGAAGUUUGCAUGGUAAUGUAUAUCAUAUAUUUUUUUUAGAUUUUUCAUUCUGUUAUUUUAGAAGUUACAGGGGGGGGACACACACAUUUUUUCACUUUGGAAGUGUCUCUCGCGCAAACUAUUCAGUUUAGAAAAAAAUGAUAUUAGAAACCUAAAUAUCAUUUUUGAAGACCUAUCCAUAGAUACCCCACACGUAUGGGUUUGAUGAAAAAUUUUUUUUUU